AUGUCUAUUGAACAGCGAUACCUAACCAAAAAGACCGUGAUACAAUAUGGUAAUGUUGAACAAAUUCAAUUUGUUUUAUUGAAUAAUAAUAUUCAUUUAUUCAUUCAUUUUAGUGAUAAUCUACUUUAUCCUCAACUGCUUUCAUGCAAUGUUUCUCAUACAAUCGAUCCAUGUGACAAUUUUUAUCAAUAUGCAUGUCACGAUUGGGAAGUAAACAAUCCAAUCCCAGAUGACGAAGAGAGGAUUAGUACUUUAUCAAAGGCUGACAAAAACAUUGAUCAAUACUUUUAUGAUUUAAUUUCUAACAAUUCAUAUGCCUCAAAUGAUUCUCGAUUGUUUGCUGUUCGCCAAUAUUACAAAGCUUGUAUAGAUAGUGCAUUUGAUUCGGACGAUCGUAUUAAAAACCAAUUGUUCCAAUUAAUUUCAAUAUCAUUUGGCAAUUGGGAUUGGUUGCCAUCAUCAUUCAACAGAAAUUGGGAUAAUAAAACUGUAGUUUUAAAUUUGAAUUUAACUGAUCUAUAUCUACCAUUGAUAAGUACAACCGGACAUUCACCUUUAUUCUCAUUGGAAGUUGUUGAUGAUAGUCAUACAGUUCGAAUAUAUUCAGGUCGAUUAUCAUCAGAUCAAAGUUUUCUUAGCAAGAGAGGAUUUCUUCUUCUGAAAUCAAUGUUUCAUCAGGCAGUAGAUUCGCUUAAUUUGAAUCAAUCCAAUGAUGAAAGUGUGAAUGCUACUUUCCAAUUAUUCGACCACUUAGCUAGGAAUUACUUAGGUAUACGAUCAUUUCCAGCGUCGAAGUCAAAAAUAUUUGGUAAACUGGAUACACUCGAGGCUAUAUGCCCACAGAUCGAUUGGAAUUAUUUAUUUGACACAUUAUUCAAUGAAACUGGAUUUACAGCUUACAAAAGAGGUCAAAUAGAAAUUGCAGAUGCAUUCCUAUUGCAAUAUCUUUGUGGACUACAUCAAAUACAAUUGGAAACAGAAAAAGGCAAAAGUUUUAUGGUAGAACAAACAAUUCAUUCGUUACAACGUAACAAUAUCGGUAAUGCUCAAGUGAUAAAUCAAGGUAGUCCUAUGUACUUCUCACCCUAUUGUAUGGAACGAGUGAAAACCGUGUUUCCGUGGACACUUGAAAAAUACUACCUGUCUUCACAUAUAGUACAAUAUGACCAAACUCAGGUCUGGCAAUUAGUUAGCGAAGUUAGAGAUACAAUAAUUGAGGCUAUUACACAAGCCACAUGGUUGGACAGCGAUACAAAACAAUUUGCUAAAGAAAAGAUUCAGAAAAUCAGAUCUUUCGUCUUAUACUCUGAUAUGAAUGAAUCGGAAAGAAGAGAGAAUAUUUCAGCAAUAUAUAAUUAUCGUAUGAACUCGUCAAACUAUCUUUUAAACGAAUAUUAUGCUCAAAAAGCCCUCUAUUCAGACAAAUCGAAGAUAGGAUUCGGAAUGUUUGGUACAAAGUCACAGGCUCAUAUACCAACUUAUUUGUCAGAAGCAUUUUAUAGAGGAGAUGUUAACACCAUAUACAUUUUGGCUGGAUUGAUACAAUCACCAUUCUAUGAAAAGAAUGAGGAGAAAUUUAUUAAAUUCACAGGAUUAGGUUGGAUUAUCGCUCAUGAAUUAUUACACACUAUCGAUAUAAUGGGUAUUCUCACUGAUGAAAUCGGGAAUCUACGGCCAAGUCAAGAUUCUGAAGCAGGACUCAUUGCAAUUAUGAAACAAAUCGAUUGCCUACGAGAUCAUUACAAGUUUCAUUCUGAUACGUAUGAAAAGAGCAGCAGGAUUGGAACACAGGAUGAAAUUUUGGCUGACAAUGGAGGUUUGAAAAUAAUGUACGAUACAUAUCGAAGAGUGCUAACUCGACAACAUGUUCACAGUGAAAGUGAAAUCUUAUCAUCCGACAGAUCGUUUUUCUUGAAAUUUGCACAGGCUAUGUGUGGCAAUGUCCGUGAUGAAGUAUAUCAGUACUACCAAAAUAACUUUCCUCAUUUACUUCAUGAAUACAGGGUAAUUGGACCUUUGUCAAAUAGUGAAGCAUUCGCUCAAGCGUAUAACUGUCCAACUGGUUCACCAAUGAAUCCUUCAAGGAAAUGUAACCUGUGGUGA